GUUUUUCUCAUUUAUUUUAAUAAACGCGUCUUACUUGCGAUUUCGUCAUAGUAAGAAAAUUUUGCGAUUAAUAUCUCCUUUACAUAAUAUUACGUAACGAAUUUUUUCAAUGUUUCUUUUUAUGAACCGUUAUAUUCUUUUCAAUCUGCACUAUAAUAAUCAUUUUUCUGAUGUCAAAUAUUUUCUUGGCUAGUCUAUAAUGCAAAACACUUGCACAGAUGUACGUUUGUACUUCGUAAAAAAUCGGCAAUGUACAAAGAGGAAUCUAUUAUCGAAUAAGUAUUGAAGUGAAUUUUUGAUGCCUGUGGUACUGAUAGUUCAACAAAUAGAAUAAGCCAAAGAGAAUUAAAAAAAAGUAUAUUGCAAAGAGGAAAACAACUAAAAUAUAUAUUUGAAUGAAAUUUAAAAUAUAAAAUGUUCGAGUCACCAAGAAGUUUGCAAGAAGUCUGCAUUGAUUUUAUUUGCGAUAAUGUUUUGGCUUUGUGUGAAGUACAUCCUGGUGAUACAGGUGAACAUUCAAAUGGAUCAUUCUCUCCCACCGCAUGUGAAGAAUAUAUUCCAGAUCAAGUUAGUUGUACAUUGAGUGAGAGUAGCUCCGAAACUACAACAACAAUACGUACAUUGUCCAAUGAUGUAUCACCAAGUUUGGCUACAAGACUUAGUUUCAAACAUCCUGAUGCCUUUUUGCCAACUGAGAUAUCAGAGCAAUUAUUGUCUAGCCUUUGCGAAAAGAAAACAUUAUCCGAUCUAACGAUUACACUUUUUGAUUCAAAAUCAACCAGAUUAAGGCAUGUAAAAUUAAAAGAUGCAUCUACAUUAUCUGCAAAAGGUUUAAAAGUUCUUAAACAACAUAAGGUCAUAGAUUUGGUAGUAAAUGGUUUAAAAGUCACUGUUAAUGAUCUGAUCAGCUGUUUAGGUGAUUGGAGUUUGCAAAAUCUUAGGUCAUUGAGUGUAGCAAAAGGCAGUUUUAUGGAUUGUUCAAGAUACUGUGUAGUAGUAACAUUGAGCAAAUUACGUGCACUGCAUACUUUGAAUGUCUCAGGAACAGAAUUUAAUAAACAUGGACUAGAAAUAGUGGUUGAAGAUCUUCCACUUUUAGAAAAUUUAGAUAUAUCAUGCACUAGAGUUGAUGAUAUAACACCAUUAAGAAAAUGUAAGGACCGUUUAAAAACUCUAACUAUGUACAAUAUAAAAAUAAGUGGAUGUGGAAGUCUAAUACCUGUUUUAUUGGAAUUAAAUGAAUUGAGAAACUUAGAUAUUUCUGAUGAAAAAGAUACAUAUGCUUUUGAAAUGUUUGCACCUAAGAAACAAAAAAUAGGAGAUUUUCUGAAAGCUGUACAUUGUAUGCCACAUUUAACUAGUUUAGAUUUGUCUGGUAAAGAUGAAAUAAAUCCAAAAGAUUUAAAAGAAUUUAUUAAAGCACAUCCACAAUUGAAAUUUCUUGGUCUUGUACAUUCUGACACUUGUUAUGAGGAUAGUUUAAUAAAUCCUGAAAAUAAGGAUUAUAAACCUGACCUUGUUGUCAGCGGUACAGCAACUGAAUCUCAAAUUCUAGAAGCUUUGAGAAGAUAUACUUGUCGAUCAGUUUAUGUUCAAAAGUGUUUAUUUAAUCUGUUUCGUUUGACACCAAAUUUCUUUGAACCACGCGUAGAUGUAAUCAAAUUAGUGCUGCCUGGAAUGCGAGAACAUCCUCAGGAAUUUCGUGUGCAAAUGGCAGCAACCGCGUGCCUUUACAAUCUUACAAAAGGUGAAUCAGCAAUCAUGAUUCAUCCAUCAAUUCUUAAACAAAUAGUUGACUUAACAUUGACUGCCAUGGAGUCAUACCCAACUCAUUAUCAGCUACAAAAAAAUACAUUAUUGACACUGUGUAGUGACAGAAUUCUACAAGAUGUUGCAUUUGAUAAAUAUAGGUGUGCAAGAUUAGUAAUGAAUUGUUUAUCGACAUUCGAUGAUGCAUCGAUGAAUCGGAUGUCAGUAGCAAUUUGCUCCAUUUUAGCAGCAAAAAUAUCAACAGCAGAAACAUCUAUGCUUGGUGCACAACCACAGUAUAUGUCAAAGUUAUUAACAAUGGUCAGGUCAAAAGUUCAAUCUAAAUCAGUUGAUAUUACAAUGAAAUUCACAUUAAGUGCCCUAUGGAAUUUAACGGACGAAAGUGCCACUACAUGCAAAGUUUUCUUGGAUGAGGGAGGAAUGGAGUUGUUUCUUCAAGUACUUGAAAGUUUUCAAGGAGAAUCUAGUGUGGAGACUAAAGUACUUGGUCUAUUAAAUAAUAUAGCUGAGGUUGUACAUUUGAGGCCACGACUUAUGCAAACUCGUUUCAUAUCAAUGCUUUCCUUACUCUUAGAUUCUGUACACAUUGAUGUAUCUUACUUUGCUGCUGGUAUCGCAGCACAUUUGCUAAGUGAUGGUCCUAGUGCCUGGAGUUCAAUGCUUUCACAGCCUAGUAGAGAACAAUUGCUAGAUCAAUUAGCUCAUGCUGUAACUCAUUGGCAAACUCCACAAGGAGAGAUGGUUGCUUAUAGAAGUUUUCAACCAUUUUUUCCUCUUCUGCGUUGUUCAGAUGCAUAUCCUGUUCAGCUUUGGGCAGUAUGGGCGAUACAUCAUGUGUGCACAAAAAAUCCAAAACGCUAUUGUAGCAUGUUAACUAGAGAAGGUGGAGUAGAAACAUUAAAAUAUCUGGAAGAAACACAUACAGAAAAUACAACGCAUCCAAAUUUGCAGUCUUUAUGUCGAUCAAUUCUCGAAACUCUGGAAUCAAAUUCUUGUUAACAUCAACCACUGCCUUCCAAAUUGAGAAACAAGUACCAUGCAGAUGGUAUACUAGUCAAUGAUUAUCUUAUUACAAUCUUGUAUUCUGUUUGUUAGACCAAAUAAUUAAAAUUUCUGUAUGGAAAUGAUAUUCAUCAAGCAAGCAUUGCAAUCAAAACAGUACAAUUCAGUUCAUUUAAAUUACAUUGAUUAACAUUGAGGGCCUGAGAUGAAAAUAAUUAUCUUAGUUAUCUUAGAAAGAUCCUUUUAAUUGAACUUAAGAAAUGAUUCACUUCACUAAGGCAAUUAUACUGUUAAAAUAAAAGUAUUAAGUCUUGUAACUAAUAGUACUUAUAAUAAAACUGAAUGAUUUAAUUAAUGUAAUUUCAUAUUAGGAAAUCUUAUAUUUAAUCUAUAAUUUAACAAAAUAAUUAUUUUCCUAACAUGUUUGCAUUUCAUAUCACUUUUAAAUCUAAUGGUAUAAUCGUUUUAACGAGGUGCUAUGUAGUAUGGAAUAUAUUUUUUUUCUUACAUUAUUAUGUUCAACAAUAUCAAUAUUCUGCAAUUGCUGUAAGAUGGUUAUAUUACCAUAUUCUUUAUAAUAUUCCUUUUUAAUUAUUAUCAUAGGUAUGAAUGAACUAAAUAGAGUAUUAUAAAAGCUCAAAAAUAUAUAUUGUUAUAUAUGAAAAAGAGUUAAUAUUAGAAAGAUUUCAAUAAUACUGCAAAAAGUGUCAGCUACUUUACCGUUUUAGUAACAUGCAAUGUAUUAAAUGACAUCUAAUUUCUAUUUUUUAAAAGUCUACUUUUGAUAGAAAUAUCUAAGAAUACAUAUAUAUAAUAGAAAUAUGUAGAGAAAGAGGAAGAGAGAGAGAGAGAGAGAGAGAGAGAGAGAGAGAGAGAGAGAGAGAGAGAGAGAGAGAGAGAGAGAGAGAGAA